CUCCCGCCUCCCGCCGCCGGGCCCGGGCGGCCCGCGCGCAUGGGCCGCGCCGCUGCCAUGGCCCGCCGCCUCCAGAAGCUGUUCGGGGCCGAGGGGGACCUGGCGGACGAGGAUUUCCUCUCCGCCGUGGAGGACGCCGAGAACCGUUUCUCAACCCCCGGCCCCUCCAGGUGUUGGCCGCCCCCCAACUCCGUGCCCAGCGUGUCGGCCCCCAGCUCCGGCCUGCAGCCCCUGCACCAGCUCCGUCGCCCCCCCGGCAAACCCUCCGGCCUCAGGCCCCUCUCCAGGCAGGACGACCAAGCUGGGGGCUCGCGGGAUCUGGGCUCCCCUUCGGCGUCUGUGGGUGCCCCGUGCCGACCAAGCGAUGCCAGCGUUUCCACGCCAGCCUGUGGCUCAGCGCCGGGCGGCCCCCCAGCCUGGGGGGCGGCCGCCGAGGACGAGCUGGACAACGACCUCUUCCUGGCCGCCUGCAUGGAGCUGGAGGUGCCUGACCUGCCGGUCGAGGCUGGCGAUGCCCGUGCGGGUCCCACGUGGCGGGAGAUUCCCCCCGGGCUGCGCACCAGGGAGGAGAGCAGCCAGGAACGGGCACCUUGCAAAAAGCCACGAGUGGGAGAGGAGCUGGCUUCUCCUGGCCCCCUGCAGCCUGGGGGGUCGCGGGCCGCCCCGGCCAAGAGUGGGCAGGAACCGCUGCCGUCGCCGCUGGCGGAUGCUGCUCCCAAGCUGGCGCUGCGGCCCAGCGCGGCUGGUGCCUGCUCCUCCCGGCCUGCGCCCCUGCUAAAUCCAGGUGCCUCCUACGGCCCUGUCCCCUCUCCCAGGGGCCAAACCCCGAGACCUUUUCAAGCCUCCCCCUGCCAGCCGGGAGUAAACGCCUCCUCCGUGACGCCACGUGCACCCCAGAGCAGCAACGCCCGGUCCCCGAUGCCGCAGGUGCCCCGGCAGAGCUGCCCUGCGCCCAGGCUGCCCGGCAGCGGCUGGCGGCCGCCCCACAGGCUCCCGGCGAACCCGCAGCCCUUGAUGAGUUGCGUGGAGCCCCCACCGAGGCAGCCGCCCCGGGAGGCCACCCUCCAGACACCGGUCGUCACCAACCACCUUGUGCAGCUGGUCACGGCGGCCAGCAAAGCGCCCCGAGCCGCCCCCCGCGUCCCAGUGCAGGGAAAGACUCGCCGGUUCCCAGGGCCUGCCGGGAUCCUGCCCCAGCAGCAGCACGCUGGGAAACAUCUGGAGGAGAUUUUUGUUUCGACUCCCCAAACUCCAGCUCACGGGGCUCUGGCAAAGCUGCGGACAGAGGAACUGCCCUGCUCCCCGCCACCCACGGAGGAUGAUUUUGGGAAGGGCCCCUGGCUUGCCUUGAAGACGGAGCUGGGGCUGGAUGAGAGGGACCCCAGCUGCUUCCUCAGGACCUACAGCGUGGUCAUGGUGCUGCGGAAGGCAGCCUUGAAGCAGCUCCCGAAGAACAAGGUCCCCAGCAUGGCCGUAAUGAUCAAGACCCUGACCAAGACCACUGUUGAUGCUGGCGCCGUGUUCAAGGACCCAACUGGAGAGAUCCAGGGCACGGUGCAUCGCCUGCUGCUGGAAGAGAGACAGAGCGAACUCAAGCCUGGCUCGGUGCUGCUCUUGAAGCAGGUGGGCGUCUUCUCCCCAUCCCACCGCAACCACUACCUCAACGUAACACCCAACAACCUUCUCAAGAUUUACCCGCCGGAGACCGAGGGCAGCUUAUCGCAGCUGUCGCCAGAACAGCAGACUGAGAGGGAGGGCACGAUGCCUGUGGCCUCGGUCGCUGCCCAGGCUAGGUUACACCAGCACCAUCCAGCACAGAUCUCCCAGGGCAUUCCUGCCCCUAGGACCUGGGGACAAUCCAGGACAAGCAGCCACAGCACCGAGCAGUUGCCUGAAGGCUUCUCAUUGCACCCAGAAAACUACAGGCCCAGGCGAGGAGAGCCUCUGGGAGCCAACAACUGCGACAUGGACGACUUGGAUGGGCUCCUGGGAGAGCUGCCCGAGGACUUCUUCUCUGCUCAGGCCCAAGCUGAUGCCUGUUGACCAUGGGGAACUUGGUACAGGGCGGGCCUGUGGCAGCCGGGCCCAGGGAAGGUUGUCACCGUUGGUAAGGUCUGGACUGAACCGUGGCCGAGCGAGGCCUCCGUGCCAGCCUCCUGUCUACGUUCUCAUUCCUCUGUGUGUCUCUGUGUGUUGUGUUCGUUCUGGAGCUGAGAGCUGCGGAGACCUGGACAGUCCCGGGGAGUCCUAGGUGGACACGGCUUCAUCACCACUGCUUGUCCCCCUGCUCCUCCCCGGGCAGCCCAGCCCCUCUCUGCUCCCAAACCUGCAUUAAAGGGCUAUUUCCGUUUC